UUUUGACCAAACUUCUAUAAUAAAUAUCCCGGGAAAACCAGAAAGGCCUCAUUUCUUCAGUGAGGGAAAAGAAACCGCACACGGCGGAGAUGGACUAUAGUUUAGCAGCGCUGAAACUGCUAUGCGGUCAACUAAAAGACGCUCGAGGAACACCUUCACAAAGCGCCUUAACCCUUGGCGGCAUCCUCUUUCAACGUGUCUGGCUUCAGGGCGUUUUGGUUUCAAACGACGACGAAGAUUGCCUGCUUCUCGACGAUAGCACCGGCAUCGUCGAGCUUAACCUCUCCGGUGAUUUCCGUCAACGUCAAUGGAAAACAGGGAUGUAUGUAAUGGUGGUGGGAGGAUACUUUGUCCGUACAGGUGAUAUUCCUGUUAUUAAGGUUCAUAAGAUUGUUGAUUUAUCUCCAUUUCCGGAUCGAGAAGCGAUGUGGUAUCUCGAAGUUUUGGAAGCUUACAAACUUUUCUACCAGCCCCUCAUUGAAGAAUUCAUAUGAACUUAUGAACCAUUCAUUUCUAUGCCUGCUAGAAUCACCCAAAAGUUAGUUGAAUGAGAGAACUUGACCAAGUUUUAUGAAUUCUACUGCUAGUUUUUACAUGUUAUCUGUAGCCAAUUUUAGAUUCUUCAAUUGUUGACUGCGAUAACAUGGUUGAAACAUGUUCUUUCUGGUUCCCAUAGAUUAUAAAUGACGGAUUUCUUUGCAUUUGAAAUAAUAUUUUUGUGGUUCAUUGGUAA